AUGGCCACAGGCCAACAGCGCCGCGCUGAUCGGCUGAACGAGCGUCUACGAGGUGCCCAGCGUGCCAACAUAGAAGAUGACUCCUUCAACCUCGACAUCGCUGGCCUCAACAUAGCUGGCUCGACUCCCGCCGCACCUGCGCCAGCACCACCCACAUCAUCGGAGCGCCGAACGCCAAAUACUUCUGCUAAGAGGAGAAGAUUGGAUAACGAGCCACCGCCGUCUGCACAAGCACAAGGAAGCGCACGGAGACGAUCGCCUCGAUUGAGAGACCCCUACGAUUUGCCAGAAACAUCUAAGGAAUCUGGCGCGCAGGAUACGACAGGUGAAUCGCGAGAGGAAGAGCCGAGCCUGGAUGUUGUAGAAGAGCCAGGACCAGGACCAGAACCAGGACCAGAACCCGAGGAGGAGCUCGAACCAGAGCCACAGCCAGAACCUGAAUUACCAAGUCCAGAAAUCGAAGCGCCAGACGAGAACGAAGCUGACGUUGAGUUGCCGGCGCUACCGAAUAAUGAACCCUCCGAACAACCAUCGCAACGACGGGCAGGCCGUAGGUCGUUGGAACAGAUUGCGCAAGAUGUUGCGAACAAGCGACAGGACGUACGCACGAGCGAAGCCAUGUCGUCAACGACACGAUUACACACGACGCUACAAGAUGACGAUGCGCCGCCUUCCUCAUCGCCGCUGGUCAGCAAGGUGCGACGGAGUGAAGGUCCCGCCGUAAUUCGGUCGAGACUAUCACAAAGGCAACCUUCGAGGCUUGCUGAGCACGAUGACGAUGAGGAUGAACUUUCGCCAAAUCGAGUGGACCACGCACCUGCGGAUGAUGAACGAUCGGAUGAUGCUACAGAAAUAGCAGAACCUGAAGUGGAGGAAGUUGAAGAGGAGCCCGUAGCAGAGGAGGAACCACAGGAGGACGAAGAGGCAGCGGAAGCUAUCGAUGCAGUUGAAGCGGCCAAGACAAUUGGAAGAAAACGGCCUCGAAGAAGUCUACCAUCUCAAUCGCCCGUCGCUGAACCCAACGAACAAGAAGGGGAAGAAGAGCAAGAAGAACCAGCAGCGAAACGACGUCGUGGACGGCCAUCGAGAAGCCCUGCGACACAGAAACAACCAGCCACCAAACCAAAGCCUACGAAAUCGAAAUCACGGACAUCACAAGAAAAACCACUACCAAAACAGGUCCGCAGGACGAAACAAGCCGCCAAAGAGCGCCGAGUCAGUGAUGGUUCAGCAAUCGAGGUCACAGUUCAGCGCUUCGUCAACGUCAAGAAGUUCAUCAAGGGCGACGAAGAAGACGGAGAAGAUCAUCUUGCGGCAGAUUUGCCUUUUACUACAACUGGAGUGACAGCGGUGGAUGUCUUUGCACAGGCCUGCUUAGAAGUCAUCGACGGUACGAUAGCGAAGCUCUUGGAAGCGUUACAGAACACCGAGGAGAAAGAUAAGAAGAAGGAAUGUCGGAUCAAGAUACGAGCACUUGAGGCGUAUAAGGAGGAGCUCACGUCUCGAUUGUUACAAUUGUCAAUUCACCUCAUGGACUGGCAAUCAUUACGGAAGCGUGUUCGUCUGGUGCAGCGAGAGAAGCUCUCACUACGAGAAGAGAUAUUACGUCUCAAAGCAGAGAGGGAACAAGUCGCGCUCAAGAUGGAUGCUGUACGCAUCAAGCACGAAGAGGACACCAAAGAGUCAAAAUACCGACUCGAUACCUCAGCGAUCAUGCAUGAUAUAGACAUGGCAGUCGAACGGGGACGAGACGCCCCUGAACUCUCACGCGCGCAAGAGAAAAAGGCCGAUCUGGCUAACCUCGAGCUUCUCGUCGCACGCAUCAUAGACGAAGCCAGCUCAUCGAGCUCCGCAGGCGGUAUGCUCCAACAAGUGAAAAGCUUCAACGCCUUUCUCGAGCGCGCAGCAAUCGCUCUAGAAACAAGAUGA